AAAAAAAAGACUGACGAGAUGUCGGCCAUUGCAUUAAUAUAAAAUCGAUUAUAUUGAGAACCAUAAAUAUAUUUAAUCCAAUAUUGAAGAAAAUAAGUAAAUACAGUUGAAUUCAGGUUCAAAAAUGAACACGAAAAGUAGAAGUAACUAUAAUGAAGACCUCUUCGAGUACAUUCGAGUCAGUGAAGACGAAGAUGACGCUAACGCUGUAGAAAUUCCUUGUGAACUUGAUGGUACCUUGCUUCUGUCAACGCUAGUAGCGCAGUUUCCUGGAGCAUGCGGCUUGAAGUACCGCCAUCCUGAAAGUAAAUCUGUCCGUGGAAUUCGUUUGAGUGAUGGCAAGCUUCAUCCCCCAAAUGAAGCCGGCUGGGGUAAGCAUCUUUAUAUUUGCGUUUUCCCCAAAGAAAACAAACGUAAGAUGGAAGACGUUUCUCCUGAGAACUCUGCUGCAAAAACAAAACGUCUUGAGAAAAAACUUACCUGUUCUGAUUUAAUUUGUCUUGGUUUACCAUGGAAAUCUACAGAAGAGUCAAUAAGGCAAUACUUCGAACAGUUUGGUGAAGUUGUCAUGGUCCAGCUUAAAAGGGAUAAAAAUGGUACAUUUAAAGGAUUUGGCUUCAUUCGCUUUGCAACUUAUGUAUCUCAAAUGAGAGCUUUGGCUCAAAGGCACAACAUAGAAGGGCGUUGGGUAGAUGUGAGAAUCCCUAACUCCAAAGAAGGAGUAGUACCUCAAAUGCCAUGUAAAGUAUUUGUUGGAAGAUGUACCGAGGAUAUGACUGCUGAUGACCUUCGAGAUUAUUUUUCCAAAUUUGGAGAGGUUACAGACGUCUUUGUUCCUAGACCAUUCAGAGCAUUUGGUUUUGUCACAUUUUUGGACCCAGAAGUAGCUCAAAGCCUAUGUGGUGAGGACCAUGUUAUUAAAGGAGCAUCAGUGUCUGUUUCCAGUGCUGCACCAAAGAUUAAAGCCAAAUCUAACCAGAAUUGGAAGGAUGAUGGUUAUGGACCUAAUAACUGGGAUGGAAACAGAUCAGGUCCUUCUGGGGGAUCAAAUAAUUCUGGUGGAAGUAGUAACAUAGACUCACUGAAUAUGCAAAACUUGGGCAUCAAUCCAAAUGGGGGCCCACCAGCUAACUUCAAUUUACCUAUAAGUCUUGUAGCGGCUGCUUUAAAUCAAGCAGGAUGGGGAGGAUUUCUUGGAGGGCCUGGUAAUGGAGGCCCUAAUUGGCAAGGGGGUCCACCUCAAAGCAACUCAGGAAAAAAUUGGAAUAGCAACCAAAAUUGGGGUCAGAGUGGUCCUCCACCAUCAUGGAACCAAGGAGGUAGCAACCAAGGUUGGAAUGGCAACAAGAGUGGCAACUGGAACCAAGGGAACUGGUCAAAUGGGCAAGGAGGGUGGGGAGGUAAUGGCAACAAUGGGUCAGGCCCGCCUGCGUCUAGCAGUGCAUGGAACAGCAACAAGCCCCAGACAUGAGAUAUAACAUGUGAAAUCUGCGAGCGUAGCACACUAAUUCGAUAGACUUUAUGACAUUGGUGCAUCCCUAUCACACUUACAAAUAGUGCGAAAAGGACGGCCUCGCGUUAUAUCGUUUAUCACGCGACCAUGCUUGCCUGCCUGGGAUUCAAAUAGUGAUGGCUGAAGAAACUCAGCAACAGCUUUUAACAUGCAUGGGAGAGAUGGGAGGAAAAAUGGUAAUACACAUAAUUAUUCACAAGUAAUAGGGGCGUAUUUAUCCUAGCCCCGUGCAGGCUCUUGUUGAGGUGGUGAACCAAGUAUUAUACGUUAAUUAAGUACGCUGUCGUCACUUAUUGACCUGACCUUUCACCGAAACCUUAAAAUACGCCCCUGAUAAGUAGUAUGAAUUGAAUAGCUUACUCAAAAUGUAUUUACAGCAGUAAAAUUAAUAUUAUUUUCCACAGCCAAAAAGGAGAUAUCAAGGACUAUUUUGAUAGCUGGAACAAGACAGUAUCAAAAUAAUAUUAUUAAAUAAAAUUAAGUUUAAUAUGACUGAUGAGGUGAGAAUACACUUUAUCAAUAAGUACUUAUAUAAUUUUAUUUUAUUUUGGGCGUAAAUCAAGGGGCACGGCAGUGCUCCCGCUAAAUAAAGCGCGAAGCAAACAUUGCCGUACCAAUGGAACCAUUUCGCCGCAUUUUCAGGUCCCUAUUUGAGAACCUCUAGAUAAGACCAGAACGCAGAAAUUUUCGUCACCCGGUAAAUUAUAAUCACUUACUUAAAAUCCAGAAUUUGAAGUCUGUAGGUCAUUUAGUUCCGAAGUUAAGCGAAAGCAAAGUUUCGCGUUUAUGACACUCACUCAUGAUCAUCAGAAUAGAACUAGUACUUCCCAUAAACUAAGAGCUGAAAUUUGGUACAGAGUUAGGGUUUAAUGGCCACAUAAAGGAAAAACUAUAAAAACUAGGAGAAUCGAAUCCUGAUUAGAAAACACAAGAGCAAGAGCCCAAAGGGCUUCCAAUCCCGGGAUCCCGCCUUUCUUGGGGUCGAUUUAAUUUUGUAAUACUGGGAUGCCGGUAUUUUUAGUAACUAUAACUAACAUAUUAUGCCAAAUGAACGUUAACUACUCAUCAAAAACGUUAAAUUUCUGCAUCAUGAUGGUCCCUACACGACUAAAUCUUGCUUCUUGCUCUCGUUUCUCGAUUCAACACAUUCUCUGUUUGGUGUUUUUAUUUUACAAUAUUUCUAUGAAAAUGACAGUUUUUCCGAUGAUUACGUAGAUAAAGAUACGUGUCAAGAGCAUUCGUUGAGGAGGGCCUGCUGCGAACGUUUUUCGACACAUUUGUCGCACUUGGGAAUUCGCACGUAAGUGUGUGUGUGACAGGGAAGCAACAGGUCAAACGUAGUUGACACAGGCCACAGACCCUCUGUAAGCAAAUCGUCUUGAUGCAUCUACAUACAUCACAGAUAUAACUUUUCAAAAAAUAUGUUAAGGCAUACGAAUUAAUGUAUAAGCUACUUUAUGGUUUACUGUGCGUAUAUGUUAAUGUGUUGAACCAUAAAUUAAAUAUAAGAAGACCAUACCAUCCCAUACAUUAUUAUUAAAAUGCGACCGCCUAAGAACGCGCAUACACUACA